AUGGGUAGUAGUAGUAUAGAUGCCAAAGCCAAACCAGCUGAAACACAAGAAGUUGGCACCAAAGAUCAAGCUCAGUUAUGGAAUAUAAUCUAUGGUUUUAUUGAUUCUCUUGUUCUUCGUUGCGCAGUAGAGAUUGGAAUUGCAGAUAUUAUCCAAACCAAUAAUGGGUCAAUCACACCUGCACAACUUUCAUCAAAACUCUCAAUUCCAAACGUCAAUUCCGAUUGCUUGUGCAGAAUUCUAAGAUACCUAGUACACUUGAAUAUCUUAGGACAAGAAACUUGUAAUGCUGGAGUUAAUAAGGUUUACUCGCUUAAACCAGCUGGUACUUUACUUUUAAGAGGUGCCGAAAGAAAUAUGGUACCAAUGAUAUUGGGCAUGACUCAAAAAGAUUUCAUGGUUCCGUUUCAUUAUAUGAAAGAAGAUUUAGAAAAUCAUAGGACAACAGCAUUUCCGAAGGGAACGGGAAUGGCAUUCUGGGAGUACUUAGAAAGUAAUCCAGAUCAAAGUCAGUUGUUUAAUCAAGGGAUGGCUGGACAAACAAGACUUUUAACAAAAACUCUAAUUGAAGAUUGUAGAGAUACUUUUCAAGGUUUGAAUUCGCUUGUUGAUAUUUGUGGAGGAAAUGGCACAACAAUUAUGGCAAUCUAUGAAGCUUUUCCUCAUAUUAAAUGCACACUCUAUGAUCUUCCACAUGUUAUUGCUGACGCUCAUGAUCACCCUAACAUCGAAAAUGUUCCCGGUGAUGUGUUCAAGUCUGUUCCCAGUGCUCAAGCUGUCUUCCUCAAGAUGGUGUUGCAUGACUGGGCUGAUGAAGAGUGCGUCAACAUUCUAAGGAAGUGCAAGGAGGCAAUACCGAAAGAGACGGGGAAAGUGAUCAUAGUGGAUGUCGUACUUGAUGAAGAAUCUAUUCAUGAACUUACUAAGGCAAGAUUGCCUCUUGAUAUUGAUAUGUUGGUAAAUACUGGAGGUAGAGAGAUAACUACAGAUGAUUGGGAAAAUUUGCUCAAACGUGCAGGCUUUCGGUCUCAUAAGAUCAAACCCAUUCGUGCUGUUCAGUCUGUCAUUGAAGCCUUCCCAUAG